AUGUCCGUCCCGGUGCCCACCGGAUGCGAGCUCACGGGAGCGCCCGCGGAGUAUAAAUCUGGCGCCAUGGCGGAGACGCUCAGCGACGGCGAUCGCGAGCGAAAAGUCGCCUUCAUCACCGGUGUGACGGGGCAAGACGGGAGUUAUCUCGUCGAAUUGCUCUUGCAAAAAGGGUACAUGGUGCACGGGAUCAAACGACGAUCGUCUUCGUACAAUCACCCGCGAUUAGAGCACAUCAUGGAACCGGGGUACCCGAACGGGCAAAAUUUCUUCUUGCACUACGGCGACCUCACGGAUCUCCACGCGCUCGUCGCGAUUUGCCGGGACGUGCGACCGACCGAAGUGUACAACCUCGCGGCGCAGUCUCACGUGCAGGUGUCUUUUCAAAUGCCGAUGUACACCGCCGAGGUCGACGGCGUCGGUACCCUUAACCUGCUCGAGGCGAUUCGCUUGUCCGGACAGACGAAGACGGCGCGAUUUUAUCAGGCGUCCACGUCCGAGCUCUACGGCAAGGUGCAGGAGAUUCCGCAAUCUGAGAAGACGCCCUUCUACCCGCGCUCGCCGUACGCCGUCGCGAAAAUGAUGGCUUUCUGGGCCGUGGUUAACUACCGCGAGUCGUACGAUAUGUACGCGUGCAACGGCAUUUUGUUCAACCACGAGUCGCCGCGACGAGGGGAAACCUUUGUGACGCGUAAGAUCACCCUUGCCGUCGCGAACAUCAAGGCGGGCAAGCAAGAGUGCUUGUACCUCGGUAACUUGGAUGCCAAGCGCGAUUGGGGGCACGCUCGCGACUACGUGGAGUGCAUGUGGAAGAUGCUUCAACAAGAGAAGGCGGAAGACUACGUCGUCGCCACCGGUGAAACCAACACCGUGCGACACUUCGUGGACCGCGCGUUCGACAUCGCCGGCAUGAAGCUCAAGUUCGAAGGUGAAGGUGUUGACGAGGUCGGCAUCGAAGUCGCCACCGGACGCACGCUCGUUCGCGUGCACGAGCGAUACUUCCGUCCGGCGGAGGUUGACCUCCUCAUCGGCGACCCGAACAAGGCGCUGACGCAACUCGGAUGGAACCCGCGCACGACGUCGCUCGAAGAGCUCAUCAAGGAGAUGGUUGAAGCGGACAUCGCUCGCGUCGAGAAUCCGACGUUGCGAUUCUGA